GUUGCACGAAUGCUCAAUUCAUCUUUAUAUAGUGGGUUCUACAAAUUUAAGUUUUAUGUAUUAUAUACAACUUUUAUAUAUUCUAUUUAUAUAAAAAAUCAAGAGUGAUUGAAUUAAUAAAAUUCAAUUUUUUUAAAUGGAUGAAAUUUUAAUAUAUUUUGUUGCUAUUAAAAAAAAUGUAUUUUUAUUACUCGCUUAGUUAUUUCUCUAUUGUUACUUUCGAUUGCAUCAUUAAUAUAGUUGGUCAUACUGCUGAACUGACAGUUUGAUUAGCAAAUGGUUGUGAAGUAAAGAUGGCAGUGAAAGGUGGUGCACGAAUUUUUCUUCUUAUAAUUUUGUGUAUUAUUUUGUUAGAAUCAUGUAACGGAGCCGCGACAGACAUUGAAUUAGACGCAAAAGCACAGUUAUUACAUAGGCUCGACAGUUUAAAUCUCUUACUAUAUACAUUUCUAUUAAUAUUAACUGUUUUAACAAUAUGGACAUUUAAACAUCGUCGACUUAGGUUCCUCCAUGAAACUGGUCUAGCUGUCAUUUACGGAUUAAUUAUAGGAGCAAUAAUUCGUUAUGGGUUUACAAGUAGUACCAUUCUUCAUAUGCCCGUUGUACCAGACAACAGUAGUAAAUACAAUCAAUCAGUUCCUCCAGAUACAUUAUGGUUACGUUUUCCAGAAGAUAAAGGAGGUGGUCUUAUUCAGAAUAAAACAUUUGCUUAUUCAUUUAGAGGAGAGAUAUAUAAACGGGAUAAUGAAAUUGAUCUGAAGGCCACAUUCGAUCCAGAAAUAUUUUUUAAUAUUAUUUUACCACCAAUUAUAUUUCAUGCCGGUUAUAGUUUAAAACGAAAAUACUUCUUUAGAAAUUUAGGAGCAAUUCUUAUGUAUGCUUUAAUUGGAACAACAAUUUCAGCAUUUGUUAUUGGAGCUUUGAUGUACGCCUUUGUACAAUUAAUACCACACCUUUCUAAGUCAUUCACAUUUCUGGAUACAUUAUACUUUGGAGCAUUAAUAUCUCCAACAGAUCCCCUGACUAUAAUUUCUAUUUUUAAUGAUUUACAUGUAGAUGUAAAUUUAUAUGCUUUAGUAUUUGGAGAAAGUGUUUUAAAUGAUGCAGUUGCAAUAGUUCUUAGUGGUUCUAUACAGAACUAUGGAGAGCGUUAUCAAUCAGGUAGUGGUGGGUUUGAAACAGUAGCUUUCUUUCAAGCAUUUGGUGAUUUUGUUGGAAUAUUUAGUCUAUCAUUAUUUAUCGGUGCUACAAUGGGUUGUAUUACAGCUUUGUUAACUAAAUUUACAAGAGUCAGAGAUUUUCCCUUGCUGGAAUCAGCUUUAUUCGUUUUAAUGUCUUACAGUACUUUUUUGAUUGCUGAGGCAUCUGAUCUUACAGGCGUAGUUGCUGUCUUAUUCUGUGGUAUAUGUCAAGCACAUUAUACUUAUAACAAUUUAAGUCCCGAUUCGCGUCAACGAACAAAACAAUUGUUUGAACUUUUGAACUUUCUAGCUGAAAAUUUUAUAUUUAGUUACAUUGGUGUGUCAAUGUUUACUUUUCCAAAACAUCACUUUGAUCCAGGAUUUAUUUUGUCUGGAUUUUUAUGUGCAUUAUUAGGUCGUGCAGCAAACGUAUAUCCAUUAUCGUUUAUAUUAAAUUUGGCAAGAAAGCCAAAGAUAUCAUUAAAUUAUCAGCAUAUGUUAUUUUUUGCUGGAUUACGAGGAGCUAUGAGUUUUGCUUUAGCUAUCAGAAAUACUGUGUCAGAUGCCCGACAAGCUAUGUUAACAACAACGAGCUUAAUAGUAAUCCUGACAGUUAUUUUCCAAGGUGGAGCUACAACUCAAUUUUUAAGCUGGUUUAAUAUACCAGUUGGUGUAGAUGAAGAAAUAGAAGGAUUAUCACACAAUGGAAUGCGCAGUUCUGGUGGCGAAGGUGGCUUUGGAGAUCUGGACAUGCAUAGGGAGCGAAGUCCUCCGUAUAAUUCUAUGCAGGAUGGGUCAUUACCAGGCAGUAGUGCAAAACCUAAUGAAAAAGCAUUACUUGCCAGAAUCUGGGGUGACUUUGAUACUCGCUACAUGAAACCGUUUCUGACUCACUCCAGACCUACAUUACUGGAAACAUUACCAGUAUGUUGUGGUCCUCUGGCCAGAAUUCUUACAACAACACAACAAAUGACACAGGACGAAGCCAUUAGGAAAGCAGACUCGGAUUCAGAUUUUUGUCUCGAAGAUCGUGAAAUGGAACGACGAAGGACUAGUGUCCAACCGGUGAGUUUUCAUCAACCUAAUCUGAAUUACACUAUUAACCCGUGCUAUCAACCUAACAACACAGAUGCCACUAAUCCAGACGAACCUUAUGUAAUUCUGAACUUAUACAGAAGGUAGAACUUAAUAUAUUUAAAUUGGAAUACUUACAUUUUGUACAAAACUUAUCUACAUAUGAAAAGUACUUCGUGCAUUAGUGCAAAUGAACUUAUCAUUUGUAACUGACUUUCCUGUAAUUGUAUUUUACACAUCACUUUAAAUGGUUCCUUUAUUUGCCAUUUACAUACGAACAUUCUUAAAGACACAUGUACAACACAGUCUUUCCAUUUUAUAUGAAAGUACUACUUAAUGUUUAGAAUAAUGCUUUUGUUUUUAUUCAAUGUUAAGCUUCCCGUAAACAUCUAUAGCAAUUUAUAUGAAACUCACUAAUCAUCUGUGCUUUCCCAAUUUGAUAAAUAAUUGCUUGCGCUAAAUUCUUUCAUAUAAAAUGUGUUGAUAUGCAUGAAAAACUCAUUUAUCUUCACUCUAGGAAGGCGAUGAUGUAUACGUGAUCGACUAAAUAGCAUACAUAAUAUAUUAAAAUCGUAAAAUGUUACUCUUGUCUUUUUAAUAUACAUGUAUGUUCAUUGCCAAAUGAGAAGAAUAUUGGGAGUAAAGUUUAUUUACAGGAAAAAAGUAUUAUGUAUUGCUGUUUAUCAUAAUUAGUUUCUAUGGGUUAUUAACAAUACCAACAAUAUUUCUACAUUGAUGAAAUAUAAAUUAUUUAUAAAAUACAUUGAAAUUGAAACACUACUAUAUAGGCAUGAAUCUACAUAUAGUGUUCCUACCAAAGUUAUUUUACAAGUGCAAUAAAUGUAUGCAACUAUUCUAGUCAUUGAUUACCUUUCGUAAACACACAAAGAAUAAAUUAUCUAGAACUUCUUGAAGAGUCAACACGCGUGACACUAUACAAUUCAACACUUCCUCAUUCACGUAACAUAGAUUAGUCAUUAUUAAAAAACACAUUUUAUUUCUUGUUUCUGCAUAGAAUUUAAUUUUGAAAUUAUGUUCUUAAUUUGAAAAUUAUGUUUAAUGUCUGCUGAUAUAGCUAUACUAUUAAAUGUUAAAAAGAUAUUUCUGUUAAUUUAACUUAAGCGCCAAAAACUUGUGUUUUUGUUCAACUUUUUCUUUAUCAAUUUAAAGGAAUUUCUCUAGUCUACAUUUGAUAGCUUUCUUACCGAUUUUUUUAGAGAAAAAGAAAUGAUGAUGAUGACGAUGAUGAUGAUGAAGACCUAAGAAUCAUUGGAAUGGAAGGAUUUAUUCCAUUACGAACAUUGUAAUGGGGCAGAAACCAUUGAAAAUAGUAUUUUGAGAAGAUUUUUUAAAAAACUUUGUAAUACAGAAUUUCGGGAUAGGAGAGAUAACUAAAAGUAAUUACUUUAUAUAAAAUAUUUUUAAUGAUAAUUUCACUUAAAAUUUUUUAUGUUCCUGUGAAGGGAGGUCUGUACUAUUAGCUAACAAUUCCAUAAUUUUAUAUAGAUUAAAGAAAGUGGUAUGUAAAUUCCUCUAUUUAAAAAAAUAUAAUAUUUAUUUAUUUUAUCAUAUUCAAGUCACAUACACGUUUAUAUAUUUAUUUAAAUGAUUAGGGGCUAUUAUGAAGCUUUUAUGAAAAAUUAUGUUAAUUAUAUUUUUCUUUAAUAUUAGCGAUAAGGUGGAAAGAUAAUAUUGGUGCAAGAAAUAAAUGAUUCAUUGUCUCUGUAUUCAGAGCUCGUUGGCGUAAUAGUGUGAUGUAUUUUAGUAUGAAUGCAAUUUACAAAACUCAGAUGAUACAUAGGACAUAAAUAAAAAAUUUCUAGAAUAUGUACAUAUUGUGAUUUCUUUGAAAGUAGAAUAUUAUAACAAAAGGUCUAAUAUAAACAUAAUGUACAGUGAAAUGUUAUUGAAAUUGCCAAAUUUCUUAAAAAUAUUGUAAUCGAACAUUAAACAUAAUUUUCAGUAUUCGAUGAACCUCUAAGCUUUCAUACUUUAGUAACAUCAGAACAUAUUAACAGGUUGAGGGAGUAGAUAUUGUCCCUUGUAGUUUUUAUUACUUUUUUCACAUUUCUUACAUUUUAUCUAUACGUAGUUGUACUGACAAAGAAUUUAGUUUAGAUCUCUCAUUUACCGAAUGUUGUUGCAUGAGAAACCAAAUCACUUUCCAACCAUUAAGUUUCAUAUUACGAAUGUUAUCUAAGAUUUGCCGCUUGCACACUACUUAUGCUAACAAUAACACGUAAUAUGUACAGGAAAAAACAAUUUUGUUUCAUCUUUCUUUACAUUAUUAAAAAUAUUUUUUACUAUACUAUUAUGUCUCCCUACUUUUUAAAUAUAGUUUCUGAUGCAUUCUCUGCACAUUGCUGCAAAUAGCUUAAUGCACAUUUCAGUACUUUUAAGUCUUGCGUGUCAUAUUUUACUUACAACAUAAGAAAUCUAAGUUGCAAAUUUAAUAUGUUUUAAAUUUAAACUGAAUUUAAUGUUUUAAUAAAUUAUAUUACAAUUUAUAAAGAUUUCUUCAAACUUGUUACGCUAUUGUGCAAUCGGCAAGCAAUUUAUUCUUAAAGCGAUAAAUGACUGUGUAUGCAGUUAUAAUAGAAUGUUUUAAGUUGUGUACACAGAUUCUUAUUUUUUAUUGUAUUAUUAUUUGCAUUACUUUUAUUCUUUUAUUUAAUUUGUUUGUAUUGCUUAUUUUUAUUUGGUUUCUCCACAGACACAUGUAAGGAGCUCCCCAAACAGAACACAUUUAUAAAAGUGAAUUUAACACACUUUAUCAAUAGCGAGUUGUAUACAUUUUUGAAGAUAUGGCUGCAAUUAAGUUUUAAGUAUUAAAGCAAUGUCCUCCUUAUUUUUUAACAUGCCAUAAUCAUUUAUAUUGUUUAACAUUAUCUUGUUUUCUUUAUAAAUCCUGAUUCAAUGUGUUUAAUUUCUAAUCUAUGUAAUUCUGUUAUUAGAUAAGUUACAAAUUCUUAAAAUGAUACAAGAUGUAUGUGUAUGUUUUCUGGUACAUUGUAAUCAAUACCUCAAUUCUUAGUGAGCGAAUUAUGACUUAGGUAUAUGCAUACGCAAUCUUGAUGUCAAACAAUAUUACUUUUGUAUUAUAGUUUCUAUAAAUGUUGAUCGUAUUUCUGAUAUUUCUUUUCUUUGGAAAAUAUUGUUGAAUAUUUUCGGCAAGGUAGAAAGACACUAACAACAAAAACUUUGAUGUAAGUAUUAUUGUACCAAAAAUAAAUAACAAGGAGAGGGCAAAAUAAAAAUUGCCUUCCAAAAAUUCUAAACUUAAAAUAUAGAUUUCAGAUCAUUGAAAUCUUCUAUAUAAAACUGUUUUAACAUUAUUAUUUUAUACAUUUUAGGUAAACUUUACGAAUACAAAAAUACGAAAUAAUGUAAAUUGAAGCCUUUUCCUUGUUUCAUAGAUUUUGUUUAAUUGUAGCAUCUUUAUGAAGAAGAUUUAGCUGAAACGUUUGCCUAGUUCUCUACAUGUUAUAUGUAAUUCUUUAAGAAUGAUUUUAAUUAGAAGAUUUAAAAUACACAAAAUUAAUAUUUGAAUAAUUGCAUUUGGUAUACCAUUAAAUAAUAUGUAAGAAUCGAGAGAUGGGUUCUUGAUGUGUUUAAUACUUUGUGGGGCAGCUGGGAACUGUGAUGGGAGAAGUUAUUCCGGGACCACUACCACUGCACACACGCGUCGCCUUGCCAGGUUUGGUCGGGAGACAUUUGUAAAGACUAAUUUACAUUGGUAAACAAGCUUACCUUGCUUAAUAUAUUGUACUGUAUGUUCAACCGAUAAAUGUAUUUAUUUGAAAGGCUUAUAAUCUGUGCAGACUGUUGUAUCCAAUACAAUAUUACCUGUCAUAGAUUUAUAAAAAUAUUCCCAGUAUCAGCUGCCUUUAUUAUUAAUAUAAAUACUUCCCAAUAAUUAAGAAAUAUAUUUUCUAUCAAUAUAUUCUUUCUUUGAAAUUAAUUUCUUCUUUAUAUUAUCAUAUGAAUGAAUACAACUCCUGUUACAUUCACUUUAUAAUGGAUACAUUUUCCAUUUUAUUAUUUAGUUUUUAAUUAUUUAUUCCUCUUUGACUAUUGCUAAUAUUGGAUUAGGUAAAUAUCUGAAUUCUCAAAUAAUCAGCUUGUACGUGCGUGCGUGCGUGCGUGUGCGUGUAUGUGUGUACCAUGUUCAAUUAUAUUUAAAUAGACUUAUUGGUUGUUUAAGCUUGAUGGAGUUGGUUAUAAAAAAAAAGUAACGGUCAUUGAUGUAAAUUUACAGUUUUCAGUUGUUAUGUUAGUUACUAUUCAGUGAACGUUCUGGCUUAUAAUAUUUAUUGAAAACCAAAUUUAUGUUAAACCAUUGUUGGAUCAGAUACAAUGUGGUAACACCGACUUGCACCUACCAAGUAUGCAUUAUACAUUUAAGUAUAAUAAUUGAUCAAUCCAUUAAGAUAUAAUAAAAUAUUUAAAAAGUAGUCCUUUCUCUUACAAAUAACACAUUUAUAUAAAACUUUUAUGUUAAUACUGUGACAAUAAAUUGAUAUUCUUACAGCUAUAUUUUGUUUUGCUGAAAAUGCUAAUGCUUUAAUACACAUUAAUGUUAAAAUGUAUAAUACAAAUUUCAAUUAUUACGUUUAGAUGUAUUUUGCAUUAAUUUCAUAAAGGUAAACUGUUAUAUUUGUACGAAAACUAUUUGGAUAUAGAAUUUAAUUUGUUAUCCAGUGAAUUGAUUUUGCUGCCAUAAGCAAACAUGUUUCCCUUAAAGGUGCAGGACACUUAGCACGUUACAAUGUGCAAAUACUUUUAUAUUAUAAUUUUUAAAUAUAUGUACAUUUUUAGAACACAAAAAAAUGUAUAAUUGGCAUGUCAGUUAAAUCAAUUAAAUGAGAAAAAUGUACUUAAAAAGUUUUUGUGCAUGGCAAAUGAAACAAGUGCCAAAAGUUCACAUAGAUAAAUAAAUUACAAGAAAAAACAAGAAUUUCUUUUAUAAACACUAUUACAAGAGAAAGUAUAAUACUUUUCAAGUACAUGAUAACAAUGCAGUUAAAAAAAAGAUUCAUAUUGCAAGAACACAAAUAAAGUAAUAUUGUCUACAAAUAUAAUCUAAUUAUUUUUGAGAAAGACAUAACAUUGUCAUUAUUAACAAUAUAUGAUUAAACUAUGCAGCAUUAGCUUAUAAUUUCGUAUGUAUCACUGUUUAAUGUACAAUUAUAUUUAAAUAUGAUUUAUUAUCAGCAGAAUGUAAACCAUUGAAUACAAAUGUAUCGAAUAUGAAAAUGAUGUAUAAUGAUACAUAAAUUUUUACUUUAGAUGUUGGCUGUGAAUAUGUAACAAAACUACUUAAAUGUUUAGUUUGCAUACUAGAAGUGAAUAUUUAAAAUACAGCAUAUUGAAACUAUCCUUUACAAUGUAUGCGUGUUAUUCUUUUUACAAUUACAUGUAGCUACUUAAUACAUUAAUUUAAUUGUACAAGGCAAAUUAUGUUGAUGGAUUUAUGCAGUUGCAUAAUAAGCAGGAUUUUAGCAUAUAAUAACUGAAAUGCUCUUUUCUAUUUGUGAAUUGAAUAUGUAAUAAUUACUAUGUAUACUAUACAUAUAGGCUACAGAUGUUGUGAUACUAUGUACUACACUUUACAGUGUUUAAUAAAGUAUUUGUAAAAAUAAAUUCAUUAACUUAUUCAACAUUACAGAAGAAAACAUCAUCUACUGAAAUCAAGUUUAGUAUCUUUAUAAGCGAACACAAUAAACAACCUAUUGUCUGUGGAAUAUUUUGUUUAUUGAAAAAAAAAGUUUAACCAUAUUUUUAAAAUACUUUCUGUAAUUUAAAUUAAUACUGUAA